AUGGCUCUGGUGUCUUUGUUCAGUCCUGAGAAUGCCCAGUGUACUCAAGAAAUGAUAGCUGAGAGCACCAACAUGCACCAUAGACUGAAGGCACUGAGUUUCUUCUCUGUUUUCCUUGCAGGUGUGUUACUAGACAUCCAGCAGCACUUUGGAGUCAAAGACAGUGGAGCUGGCUUAUUACAGACAGUUUUCAUCUGCAGUUUCAUGGUUGCAGCACCUAUCUUUGGUUACCUGGGUGACCGUUUCAACAGAAAGAUCAUUCUCAGCUGUGGCAUCUUCUUUUGGUCAGCUGUCACUUUUUCAAGCUCCUUCAUCACUGAAAAGUAUUUCUGGCUGCUUGUGCUCUCACGAGGUCUGGUUGGCAUCGGGGAAGCAAGUUACUCCACUAUUGCACCCACCAUCAUAGGAGACCUUUUCACCAAAAACACUAGGACCCUCAUGCUGUCUGUUUUCUACUUUGCAAUUCCUCUUGGCAGUGGCUUGGGGUACAUCACUGGGUCAAGUGUGAAGCAGGUUGCUGGAGACUGGCACUGGGCACUGAGGGUAUCUCCACUCCUGGGAAUGAUAACAGGGACGCUCAUCUUGAUAUUUGUACCUGCUGCUAAAAGAGGAAAUGUUGAACAACUUGGGGGGCAGCUGAAGGCUCGGACCUCAUGGCUAAGAGACAUGAAAGCACUAAUUAGAAACCGCAGCUACGUGUUCUCCUCGUUGGCCACCUCAGCUGUCUCCUUUGCCACAGGGGCCCUUGGCAUGUGGAUCCCUCUCUACCUUCACAGAGCACAGGUGGUGCAGAAGACGGCAGAGACCUGCAGCUCACAGCCCUGUGGCACCAAAGAUAGCUUGAUCUUCGGAGCCAUCACGUGCUUCACUGGUUUCCUGGGUGUGAUCACAGGGGCUGGAGCAACCAAAUGGUGCCGGUUAAAAACCCAGCGAGCUGAUCCUCUUGUCUGUGCUGUUGGCAUGCUUGGGUCAGCCAUCUUCAUCUGUCUCAUCUUUGUGGCUGCCAAGAGCAGCAUUGUGGGAGCCUAUAUUUGCAUUUUUAUUGGAGAAACUCUUCUGUUUUCAAACUGGGCUAUCACAGCAGACAUACUGAUGUACGUGGUCAUCCCGACGCGCCGUGCGACCGCAGUGGCCUUGCAGAGCUUCACUUCACACCUCCUGGGAGAUGCUGGCAGCCCUUACCUGAUUGGAUUUAUCUCAGACCUGAUCCGGCAAAGCACCAAGGAGUCCCCAGUCUGGGAGUUCCUCAGCCUGGGUUAUGCACUCAUGCUCUGCCCCUUUGUCGUUGUCCUAGGAGGGAUGUUCUUCCUGGCCACAGCCCUCUUCUUCCUCAGUGACCGAGCCAAAGCUGAACAACAUAAAGACACCGAUUCGGACCAGCUCACGGUUGGCAACUACAGUAAUUCAGAAGACGCUUCCACAUGA